AUGGCUGACGACAAGAAGAAUGCCCACAAUGCCGAGAAGGUUGAGAAAGUCUCUGCGCGGGACAGCCAUGACCAAGUCAACACCAUUGAGGACAAUGAAUGCGCAAACGGGGUCGUCUUCGCUACCAUCACCACGCUCACCGUCAUCAUGCGCGUAUACGACAUUGUCAUCAUCAACAGUUUCUUCGCCCUGCCCGCCUUUUACCCAAGUACACUUUCCCGUGGGCGCCUCGGACAUAUGGGAGGCCAAGUCGUGGCAAAUCGAAAUGAUCGAAAUGGUGCGUCGAGGAAUGUACACGCCGAAUGCGGUGCUCCGCGAACAAACAUUUCCUUUUAUCUCGAGGAAGUGCACAUACGCAUCCGGCACUCCAGGAAUCCAGCUGUCUGUUUCAUUGCCUAUUAUUACUGCCUUCUCGUGCUCGUGGAUCUUGACUCUGCUACUUCUCUACGUUUGUAA